CUCUCCCUCGGAUUACAGGGACGAGUCCGGGUGGCGUCUUCUAUUCACCUGGGUAUUCCCGGACCAUGCAGCAUCAGCAGAGCUCAGGGAACGCCUCUGUUUGCACAAUUUCUUCUCGUCUCCAGUUUGAUUUGCAUGAAAAGUUACACUACAAAUUUGACACCGGUAACUGCCGCGAACUGAAGGACAAUCGCUGCGCUCCCUGGGACAGGCACAGGUGAGGGGUGUGCAGACAAAGGAGACCAUUGAGCUCUCGGGUUGUCCAUCCCUGGAGGCUGCGGAGACCGAGCUGCUUCUGCUCCCCAAGCUGGAGGGAAAAGAACGCAAGGAAGCGACUGUGUAGGAUACUAAAUGGAGCAACGCUAUUAAAGGAGUGCCAGCUGCACAGUGACAGAGAGGAACAGAGAGAGUCCGGGCCGGUCAAGCCUCUGAAGUCCUCUCACGGAAAGGCACCACGAUGGAUGGAGGAGAGGAGAAGGCGCUGGAAGAUGACGCCACCAUACAGGGGGAAGACUUCCUGUCCUGCCUUACAGAUGAAGAAAAAGAGUGCCUGCAGUAUUUAUUAGAAACCAUUGAUUCACUGGACCAGGACGAGGAUGAAAAUGCAAACAGUGACCACGAUACCGGUGAGCACUUGAGGAAUUCAACAGCAAGCCUUCAAGAUCGAAAUACAAAGUUGAAAAGUUUGAGUGAAAGCGUCAAGUUGUCCGAGAAAGCAGAACAAGUCCAAACGCCAUCCAAGAUGAAGAUUGUAAAGUCUUAUUCUGAAGACUCUCCGGGGUUCUCCAUCACGGUUUCUCCAGACACAGGGCAAAGGUCCACCAGCUCACACCCAAGCCAUCUUCGGAAGUUUGACACCAUAAUGAGGUCAGGAGUCAACGUCCAGGAGCUACGAGCUCGAUUCGUCCGACAGCCAGGCUCUUCUAUGUUUGAGGAGUCUUCCAAAGAAACAUCAAUGUCUUCUAAACAACUACCACAGGCAGCUCGUAAUCCGGUAUCUCCGAGGCAGGAGGCCUUGCAAAAACUGGGUUUGCUGAAACUGAACCAAAGCCAUUCAAACACAGGUCAAAGUUCCGAAGAAGACCAACAUGGCAUGGACCAACAUCCACCCGGGAAGGACUCUGAGUUAAACCAAAAUCAUCUCAAACCGGGAGCCAACUUUCCACGCUCUGUUGAGAGGAAACCAGGUGGUUUCGACAAAAUCUGGCCCCCUUAACGUUCCCAAUGAUUGAUUGAUUUUUCAGCUGAAGACUUUAAAUUUCUGCUAUGCCAUAUAUUGUACAGAGGAGCUCAUAAACAAGAAUACCGGGUCUAGCACAGUGGUUCUCAACCUUCUAUUGCCGUGGCCCCUUGAUAAAAUUUCCCAAGUUGCGGGGACCCCUAAGGCCCC